AGAAGUGUAACCCUCCUCUCGCUAUCGCUCAAAACCCUAGAUUUGUAGGGUUUUUCUCCAAAUCUCCAACACCCCUCUCAAUUUUUUACGCAGUUAAGCUCAAGGAACUAUGGGUGAAGUAAGGGAAAACGAAGCGUACGAGGAGGAGCUUCUCGAUUACGAGGAAGAAGAAGAGAAAGCCCCUGACUCCGUUAACGGCAAGCCCGCCGUCGAGUCGGUCAAAAAGGGAUACGUUGGGAUUCACAGUUCGGGAUUCAGAGAUUUCCUAUUGAAGCCAGAACUUCUUCGAGCUAUUGUAGAUUCUGGGUUUGAACAUCCUUCAGAAGUGCAACAUGAGUGUAUACCUCAAGCUAUCUUAGGAAUGGAUGUUAUUUGUCAAGCAAAGUCUGGUAUGGGGAAAACUGCUGUUUUUGUUCUGUCCACCCUGCAACAAAUUGAGCCUGUUUCUGGUCAAGUGGCUGCCCUUGUUCUCUGCCAUACAAGAGAAUUAGCAUACCAGAUUUGUAAUGAGUUUGAGCGGUUCAACACCUACUUGCCUGAUGUUAAAGUUGCUGUAUUCUAUGGCGGUGUCGGCAUUAAGAUCCACAAGGAUUUACUGAAGAAUGAAUGCCCCCAUAUUGUCGUGGGAACUCCUGGAAGAAUUUUGGCUCUUGCUCGAGACAAGGAUCUUGGCCUAAAAAACGUGAGGCACUUUAUUCUUGACGAGUGUGAUAAGAUGCUCGAGUCACUUGACAUGAGAAGAGAUGUUCAAGAGAUUUUCAAGAUGACCCCUCAUGAUAAGCAAGUGAUGAUGUUCUCAGCUACUCUCAGUAAAGAGAUCCGUCCAGUUUGCAAGAAGUUUAUGCAAGACCCGAUGGAAAUUUAUGUGGAUGAUGAAGCCAAACUCACUCUUCAUGGGCUUGUGCAGCAUUACAUUAAGCUGACCGAUCUAGAGAAGAACCGGAAGUUGAAUGACCUUCUCGAUGCCCUGGAUUUUAACCAGAUUGUGAUUUUUGUUAAAAGUGUCAGCCGAGCAGCUGAACUAAACAAGUUACUGGUUGAAUGCAACUUUCCAUCUAUCUGUAUCCAUUCUGGAAUGUCUCAGGAAGAAAGGUUGACCCGCUACAAAGGUUUCAAAGAGGGACUCAAACGAAUUUUAGUUGCAACUGAUUUAGUUGGAAGGGGAAUCGACAUUGAGCGUGUUAAUAUUGUCAUAAAUUAUGAUAUGCCAGAUUCUGCGGAUACUUACCUACACAGGGUGGGUCGAGCUGGUCGAUUUGGAACCAAAGGGCUUGCUAUUACAUUUGUAUCAUCUGCCUCGGAUUCUGAUGUUCUAAAUCAGGUUCAAGAGAGGUUUGAGGUGGAUAUAAAGGAGCUUCCUGAACAAAUCGAUACUGCUACAUAUAUGCCAUCUUAAAGUUGCUGGCUCUUGGCGGGUCCCGUGAAGACUCGUUUCUAUUCUAGUCCUUAAUAUCUGUAUUUCGAUUAGCUUUGCUACUUUAGUGUUGAGGGGCGACUGCGGUAGUUUUCCUGUAUGAUGAGCUUUCAUGAGAGAUAUUUAUUUAACUUAAGUUCUUUAUGUUUGCAAGAAUAGACUAGUAGUCUAGAUUUUGUUGUAUUAUUAUUGAAUACUUUUAUUUGUGUUGAGAAUCCAAAUUGUGAUCAUCUAUUUAAGUGAACAGUAGUUGCUAUGCUUUGCACA